UUUAUAUUGGAAGUUGUCCAUCAAAGUUUUUAAUAAUGUCCUCUAAUGUUAACACUGUUGAAGAAACAAUUUCUCCAACAAAUCCAAUAUCUAUAAAAAAAUCGGAAAAUACCAUCGAUUUAUUAGAAGAAAAAGAUGCAGGAUGUAAACCAGAUAAAAAACAUUUUAAAUGCUUACCAUGUGAUAAUACACGUAGCGGUGGAUUUUCUCCUGAUCAUGGUAUAAUGUUGUGUCAAAAUAGAUUUACUAGUAAACGUCAUAUAGAAGAUACAAUGGUACAUGAAAUGAUACAUUUGUACGAUCAUUGCCGAUUUAAAGUAGAUUGGAAUAGUUGUUAUCAUCAUGCGUGUAGUGAGGUUCGGGCUGCGGCUUUGAGUGGCGACUGUAAAUGGACGCGUGAAAUUAAACGUGGAUUUUUUAAUUUUACGAAACAACAUCAGGCUUGCGUAAAGAGACGUGCUAUACUCUCUGUUCAGAAGAACGCGUCUUGUUCAGCUCCUGGUGUUGCAGAAAGAGUGGUUACAGAAGUUUUCGAAAGUUGCUUUAACGACACACGUCCGUUUGAUGAAAUUUAUUAA